AGCAGCAUGGAUGACAUGGAGAAAUGGCCAGAAAUAGAGAAAGCAGGGACAGAGAAGAGGCGUGAGCUUGUUUUACAGGGCACUGCUAUAGACAAAAGAAUUCAUUCCAGUGGGGGCCUUUCCUCCUCCGUAUAUUCCCUUCAUCUGCUGAAUUAUCUAGAAGUAAGUCAGUGUCCGAGUCUGACAGAGAUCCACGAGGACAUCCAACAUCUGACCAGCCUCCAAAGCCUCAUCCUUUGUAGAAACAAACUGGCUUCUGUCCCAAAUGUCAUCGGCAGCCUCAAGUGUCUUAAAGUCCUGGACCUUUCAGUUAACAAUCUUACAGCUUUACCCGAGGGACUCACCCAGUUAAAGGAGCUGACUACUCUCAAUGUAAGCUGUAACAGUCUGGAGUUUCUGCCGGAUGGACUGAGCCAGUGCACCAAGAUCUCCACCAUCAACGUCUCCAAGAACCGGAUCCCAGGUUUUCCUGCUGAUCUGUUCUCCGAACGGCUGGAUCUGCUCAGCACCCUGGUUGCAUCUGAUAAUUUAAUCCAUGAGCUCAGUGGAGAUAUUCACAAGCUUUCAGCUUUGAAGAUGCUGGACCUCUCCAACAACAAGUUGAGUGAGAUCCCUUCUGAUCUUUCCGACUGCCCCAAGCUGAAGGAGAUCAACUUCAAAGGCAACAAGCUGAGCGACAAGCGUCUGGAGAAGAUGGUCAACGGGUGUCAGACCAAAUCCAUCCUUGACUAUCUCAGAGGAAAAGGAAGAGGGAGGCACGGGGAGGAUGGAGCUGAUGGCGAUGGAGGGCGCAACGCGGACAAGAAGAGAAGGCAGCAGCUGAGGAAAAAGAAAGACAAGCUGGCCGAGGAGGAUGAGGAGCUGGAGGAGCUGAACAAGAUGGUUGUGAGGGUCCUCCAUGUUUCGGACGCGCCCACGGCGCUGACGGUCAGCGUGAGCGCAGAGGUGAAGGAUGUCCGGCCGUUCCUGGUGUGCUGUUUGGUCCGAGGCAUGAACCUCAGGUCCGGAAACGCUCUGAAACGCUUCCUGAUGGCUCAGACAAAGCUCCACGAUGACUUGUGCGGUAAAAGGACCAUCGCAACCAUUGCGACCCACGACGCGCAGCUUCUCAAAGGUCCUCUGGUGUACGACGUGAAACCACCGACCCAGCUGAAGAUUGUGCCGCUGGGUAAGAGGGAGAUGACAGCCGUCGAGCUGAUACGACAGCUUCACUUAGAGGCUGAGGAGCUGAGGAAGCAGAAGAAGAGGCAGAAUGUCACCGGCCUCCACAAGUACCUCCAGCUUCUGCAAGGAAAACCACUUUAUCCCUGCCUUGUUGAUGCCGAAGGACAUGUGAUCUCAUUCCCACCAAUUACCAACAGCGAGAAAACAAAGAUCAAGAAAACCACAAAAGAAUUGUUCCUAGAGGUGACGAGCGCAGCCAGCCUGCAGACCUGCAAAGAUAUUAUGGACGCUCUGAUCGUAAAAAUGGCAGAGUUGAAUCAGUUCACGGCGGAGCAUGCGGAGGAGGCGGGGUCCGAGGGGGAGGAUGAUGGGGCGCCACAGCCGGCUGCCAACAGUGACACCUCCAACCGGUCCGAACUGGUCAUCCAACAGAUCCGAACCACGGACCAGGAUGGGAACCUGAAGGUCGUCUACCCCUCCAAGACGGACCUCGCCCAGGACAUCAGCAACUUGACUGUCGUUUGGUAG